UUCACCCCCCCUCACCAAACUGUGGUUUUAUUUUGAAAUGGACCCCGGUAGUGUGAACGGGUACCACAAAUCACAGUGUCGGGGAUUGCUCCAGUGCGGUGAACAUCCCUGAUUGUGUGCUAUCUGCACCGCUGCAUUCCAGCGUCACACUACUUCAAUGAGACAAAAAGACACACGAACCCAAAAGACAGACGGAGAAUUGAGCCCAACGACAUCUGUUGCUCUGUGUUUUGGUUCUGGCCAAGUGUGUAUUUCUCUACAAAUGGAUAAUGGAGACUGGGGCCAUAGGAUGACUACUCCCGUUACCUUAAACGUAGGAGGUCACCUGUACACAACCAGCUUGUCCACACUGCAGCGUUAUCCAGACUCCAUGCUGGGUGCCAUGUUCCGGGGAGAUUUCCCAACCACCCGUGACACCCAAGGAAAUUAUUUUAUUGAUCGUGAUGGGACACUUUUCAGAUACAUUCUGAACUUUCUGCGGACGUCGGAGCUAACCCUCCCGCUCGACUUCACGGAGACGGACCUCCUGAGGAAAGAGGCAGACUUCUACCAGAUUGAACCGUUGAUCCAUUGCCUCAGUGACCCCAAGCCGUUGUACCCUCCAGAUAUCUUUGAGCAGGUCGUGGAGCUUUCCAGCACCCGCAAACUGUCCAAAUAUUCCAACCCGGUAGCUGUCAUCAUCACACAGCUAACUAUAACAACAAAGGUCCAUGCCCUCUUAGAAGGUAUUUCCAACAACUUCACCAAGUGGAACAAACACAUGAUGGACACCAGAGAUUGCCAGGUGUCCUUCACCUUCGGACCGUGUGACUAUCAUCAGGAGGUGUCAUUGCGUGUUCACCUCAUGGACUACAUCAUGAAACAAGGCUUCACCAUCCGUAACACGCGGGUGCAUCACAUGAGUGAGCGAGCAAAUGAGAACACGGUAGAACAUCACUGGACUUUCUGUAGACCAGCUCACAUAGUUGAAGACUGACUUAUUGUGGAGGACACAAUAAGUGUGUCCUCAUCUGAUUGUCCACGCUGUUACAUAUAUUGUGAUUCAAAAGGCCAAAUGAAUUGCAUAAAGGGAAUAUUUGUUCUUGUUCUAUCCUCAUAAAGCACAGCUUCAGAAAUAAUGGGCCAUUUUAAAGUCUUUAGUGCCAAUACUAUACCGUUUUUGCUCCAAAAGAAAUUAGCAAUAUUUGCGGCAAUAGUUUUUCUGCAAUAAUUAAAUUGUGAUUUUGAAACCGCAGCCUAUAUAUAUACUGUAUAUGGUAUUCUCAAUUUAACCUUUUAUGAGAAUGGAAGCCCGUUUUGAAGAUUGUGGCGUCAGUUUGGUUAAAUGUGCAAAAGAAGACUCUAAAUCGUAUACCGUGGGGCCUCACCAACCUUUGUGGAUUUGAUGGCUCUUCUUGUCGCAUCACCACUUGACAACAUUCUGUCCAAUUAUAAUCAAGUCCAUUCCUGGUGAGCCCAUGUCACGGAGAAGCCUCCUUAUAGUCUUCCAAGUUCUUUUUCUGGUUUCUACCAAUGUAGUUGUUGCAUGUGUUUAAUGUACAGUAUGUGUAUUAUCUGCGUCUUGGCUGGUGUAUAUCAAGUUUUCACUUUAUAUGGUUACAUAUUGUAGAUUUAUGUCUUACUGUUUCACCUAGGUAGUCAAUAAACCUAUGUUUUUGUCCGUCUUUGUUC